CAAAGAGCUGGCUUCUGCCUGAGGAGGAUUGAACAGCAGAAUCUGGGUGAGAUCCGAUGGGCAUUUAGGAAGCUGGAAAACAGGAUGUGCUGGGCAAGCUGACUGGGGACAGGGGAUGGCUUUUGGAGGAAAAAUCUCACCAGAACAUCCAGACCACAGUCACAUUCACUCCAGCAAGACUUGAACUGCUAGAACCAAGGUCCGUAUACAGCAGGAAGCUCCAGUGAACUGAUGGAUGCCCCUUUUGACUCUCCUAUCCACUCUGUCAAGGUUCUCCUGUUGGCUUGACCCCAGGUUUCCUGAGACAGAGUCUCUGACACAAGGUGAUUUGUCCCUCUCCUGGAAAAAUGGCUCUCCGAUUUUUCUUUUUUCCUGUUUCUCAGGUUGCUCUUAGGUGAUUUUCAUUGUUGGAGACUUUGCAUUACAUAGAACUCCAUAGUGGGAUCUCCCAUCAGAAAACGACUACAGAAGAAACCUUCAGACAUCAUCUUCAGGUACUUCUCUGAAUUGUCAUGUCAACCUCACUAGUUGAUAGAAGGUUUUAGCUCUCACAGCCAAUCUACACUUUGAAUUUUUACUGAGGAGUCCAGGCAGUUUCCAUUUGUUACCUUGGAGCUCAUUCUAUCCCUCCGGAACUCUCCUGAAUUAAGGAAUUCUUUUGCUUCCACAAAUAUGCACAUUUUCUAGAAGAAGAGACUUAUCUGUGUUUGACUAUCUCAUUAGCAGCUUCUUUCCCUCAAGGAGAAAGGCAGGUUUCCACUUUAGAGAUCACGUCAUCCUCUUUCCCGUGAAAAUACUAUGAACCAGAAGGUGUUAGUUUUCCUUCUCCCAAAUUUUAUUUUUGGGAUAUUUCUUUUCGGAUUUUUCUGUAAGAGACAAAAAAACCUCAGAGGUGCUUUUCCUGAUCCCACUGAAGACUGGCUGGCAAUUCAAAAUGAUCGCAAAAGCACACUGGCUUCUGUCUGCCUGAAGAACAAUCUUCUUGAAUCAAGAAGCAAAUUGGAUUCUCGUGUUGCAAAACAACUCUUUGUGGAGCACAAACAUAAAUUUAUCUACUGUGAGGUGCCCAAGGUAGGCUGCUCCAACUGGAAGAGAACUAUCUUUCUUCUGCAAGCAGACUUGAAUGCCGAAGCUUCUGAAAUUGAGCAUGACCACAUCCACCAAACCUCACUAAUCAAAAAGGUGGCGACUUACCCUCCUGCCAAACAAAAGGAAUUUCUGAACAAUUACACCAAAGUAAUGUUCACCAGGCAUCCCUUGGAACGGCUAGUUUCAGCUUACAGAGACAAGCUUCUGCACUCUGAGCCAUUCUACAGCAUCACUGUUGCAAAUGAGAUUAGGGAAAUGUUCAGGAAAAACAAAAAUUCUUCUGAAAAAGUGAGUUUCCAGGAGUUUGUCAACUUCAUUAUAUCAAAACCACCAAAUACUCUUGACAUUCACUGGAAACCAAUGUUUCUGCUCUGUGAUCCUUGCAACGUUCACUAUGAUAUUCUGGGCAAGUAUGAAACUCUUGGGUUAGAUUCUGAGCAUGUUCUGAAGGUCAUUGGAGCACCAGAGAGCCUGCACUACCCCAGCUUGAAGAGGUAUGGCUCAGAGAAACGAACUAAUGGUGAUAUCACCUUGGAGUAUCUCAGACAAUUGAACUCAGAACAAAUCAAGAAGAUAAAAAAGUUGUAUCAAAUGGAUUUUUUGUUGUUCAAUUAUACUAUGAAAUAUGAGGAUUAUUUCUCACUGAAUCACUAAUGUAGGUUAAACAAAGAACAGUUCCUUUGUACAGAAUGGUCUGAACUUGUCCUCACACAUGCUUGAUAGGUGGGUUGGUGACUGCUGCUGAGAUUUUACUGGUGGUUAGAGGCACGGUUUAUCACCCUAAGCAUUCCUAUAACAGAUCGCUGCCAUGAUCUGUUGUAUUGUAUAGUAUUUUAUCUAUAUGAAAUUAUAGUCUUCCUGUUGAUCGUUAAUGGCAUGUCUGUUUCAUGAAGACUGUUUAUAAAUGAUAGAUUUUUGUCUGUUGUUAAAAGACGGGAAGGAUAAAGUUGUUUUUCACAAUGAAUAUUUUUAGAACACAUUUUUUAAUAUAAAUGAUUUUAAUUUUUUAUUAGGAUAAGACAUACGAAGCAAUAAAUAAUUUGCUUUAGAGUCAAACCGCUCUCUGUUUGCAAAAGCCUCAAUCGUGAAUCCUGUAGGAAAGGAGCAAAUAACUUCAGACACUUGAAGGUACAUUACACAAAAUUUAAUGCCUGAUUACAUACCCACCUGUCCCAUUCCUCAGGCAGUAUAGUUGGCAGCAAUCUAGCCAGGGUUUCCCUUACAUCUCUUAAAGAAAUCUUCUGACGAGCAGGUCCAGUGUUCAUGCUGACUUUGAAAACUCUUUUCACCACCUUUGUGAGCAUUAUGGUCUGAUUUAAGAGUGAGGAUAUGAAAAGUGUAUCUUUUUGAAGAGAAGCGGUUAGAAGUACCUUCUGAACCAUACAGCUCGGGUGGCACAGGAUCUAAAAUCUCAUUGCGACGGUGACUCAUCUAUUGUCAAAGAGCACUUACCACUCAGACUACUGACUGGACAGUCAACGUAGCUGGGACAAUGUUUGGGUUUUCCCUAUUCGUGCCUGCUGGAACUUGUGAGUUCUUGGGACUUACCUGAGCAUUGCACUUAGGUGGAGCUGGGUAACCUCGGAUAAUACAUUUGCUCUACCUGUUGCUUUCUCACCUCACGGGAGACUGACUGCAAAUAAAUUGUAGAGUUAUGGUGAAGAGAGCAAUGAAGCCUGUGGGAGAAGCAACUCAAACCAUUAUCCACUUCAUAUUCCUAUGUGGUUUUGGUUUUAGAUCACUGAGGGUUCUAUAAAUGCUAUUAUGUUAAGUAUGAAACUUGCCCCAUUUUUAAAAAAAUUGCCUAGUCACAUAGAAAAUUAAUUUGUGACCAUAUUAAUUAUAGCAAGUUUUAGAAACUUACUGUGAAUAUUGGCACCUCCUUUAGGUGUCAAUCUCUCAGGAGCUAACUUGAAAAAUCUCUCAAGAGCACUUGGCUUCUAUCAGCUCUGUCUAUAAAUGUACAAAGGCUGGCAGGCUAGACUUGUAUCCAAGGUUGGUUCACAGCUUCUCAUUACAUAGAAAAGGACAGGGACAAAAUAACUUAAUCACAUUGCAGUCACCAAUCUUUAUAGUCAUUGCUGCCAGCAGCAUGGCCAAGGGAGGGGGAAAAGAGUGCUGGGAAAAAUGGUUGUAAUGAGAAUUACGUGACGAGGGUUGUGAAGAGAGCUCCCAGUACAGGAAUUGGGAUGCAGGGUGGUCUGCCUCAGAGGAAAGAUGCAGUAAUAUAUUGGACAUCAGCUGGAGACACUGAUAAUACCAUGGUGACAGAAGGAGGCAGAAGAAGAAGCUCUGCAUCUCUUCUUGAUGGCAGAUGGUACACAAGUCCUGGACUACCAUUCAGUACAUCUGGCAUCUCUUGCGUGGCUGAUUAUUCCAUAAAUGGGUCAGCUUUGGCACAGCAAGAGAUCCAAAGUGAGAAGACCAAGCAAGAACAGCAAAUUUUUUUUUUUAAACAUUUUUUUUUUAACUUUUUUUUUUUUUUGUGAUCUUAUGCCGAUUGAUUCAUGGUUCUGGAUCUUACCCUCACCAACAUCAUAUUUGGUGUCCCUACAGUCCUACUAUCCCCUGACAGUGGAUUGCUCCUGUUGCACUGGCAACCUUGUAGUUCAUGGAUAUAUUUUUACUUUUAAACUGUGCCGAGGCAGAGGAAGCUGAAAAUUACUGCCACCAAGGUUAAGGGUAUGCAGACAGAUGCAGUCUCUCUCUCCUGAAUCAGAGCCAUCUCCAGCUGUGUGCUUCUCCUGUUUUCUUUGCCAGACCAUGCGAAGGAAGAGGGGAAUAAGAUUUGCUUCAUAACUUGCUUGUGCAUGAUAGAUCCCUCCAGAGCUAUAAGGUUCAGCAAAGUUACUUUAAUUUCCUGCCACCAUCAGCCAGCCAAGAAAAACUCUGAAGAAAUAAUACUGACAGAGUUUGAUAGGUGUCUCUGUUGUCAGCACUCUAGUAUCAACAUUCCCCUCCAGUUUAUUGCUUUAGAUAUGAGUGGCUUUCUAUUCUUAUUUCCUCUCUCAAAUAGGAUCACAUUUUCUUCCUACAGUGGUGACAGAAAAUAGAAGGCUAAUUCAUUCAUCACAAGCACUAAUCACUAACAGAAGGCCAUCUACUGAUGCAAAAAAAAACUCUGUAACUAUUCAGGAUGGACUUUCAGAUUUGACAUUUGCCCAUAGGAAUCUGUAAGUAGCAUAUGGCCUGGAACCACUGGCUGCUGUAGUGCUGUUUAGCUGGUGUGGAUCUCAACUAAAAAACUGCAGAGGACAUGUGUAUGCAUGUGUGCACAUAUAACAACAAUUUUAGGACGCUGUAUCAUACAAGAAUGAUGUAAGUUGUGCAUUACCAGUGCUAACAAAAUGUGAAUAGUAGGUUGACACCUGUUGUAAAAUAGAAAAAAGUGGACAUUCUCUUAUAAAGGAUCUUGAAACAUUUUCCUGCAGGUAUCUUUUAAUCCUCAACCCAAUUGACUACAUUUCCUUUUCUGUGAGCUUGAGAAUACUCUCUAACAGCCUAACAGUGUUUUGUAGUUAAUGAAAACAAUGGAAACUUGCUAGGAUGUUGUAAAAAGUUUUCACAGCUUACAAAGACUGGCAUAGAAGUUUGGGCUGAGCUCAAAAUAUUCACCUACAGGAGAAAUGGCAAGGUAUUUGGUACCUGCAUUGGGCUGGCUGUAUUUUUCUAGUGAUAGUUGUCAGGUGGCAACGCUUGCAGAAAAGUCUGGUCUAUAAUGUUUCCCAACGUGAGCACCUGCCCUUUGCCUGGAGCAGAGGGGGGCCUCUACCACCUUUUUUAUUCCCCAGGUGGGGACCAAGGCUCAUUCCACUGGACAGCAUUGAAAAUUUGCUGAUAAAAGAUCUUACUGUUAUUUCAUUCUUGAUAUUGCAAUAUAAUAGAAAUUGAUGAAACCUCUGGACUUCAUAACUGCAAGACACCUGCAAACUUUAUGAUGAAAAUGAUGACUGUGACUAA